CACCCUUUCCCGUUUCCCAUCGGCCCCCGCGGCGCGAAGAUGGCGGCGGGGAGCGGCGGCGGGGCGGGUCCGGCGGCCCGGGAGCUGUUCGCGGAGGGGCUGCUGCAGUUCCUGAGGCCCGCGGUGAGGCAGCUCGACGGGCAUGUGCACGCCGUGAGGGAGAGCCAGGUGGAGCUGCGGGAGCACAUCGACAGCCUGGCCACAGAGCUGUGUCGCAUCAAUGAGGACCAGAAAGUGGCACUGGACCUCGAUCCCUACGUGAAGAAGCUGCUCAACGCCCGGCGCAGGGUCGUGCUGGUUAACAACAUCCUGCAGAAUGCCCAGGAACGGCUGCGGAGGCUCAACCACAGCGUGGCCAAGGAGACCAUGCGGAGGAAGGUGAUGCUGGAGGCAGCAGGUGGCUACCCCCAGGGCCUGCCUGGCAAGUGAGAGCCCUGCCACAGUGCCGGGCCACAUCUGCAUUGCACCGACAGCCUGGGGGCUACGCCAGAGCAGAAGCAGCUAAGGACGGUGAUGGGUGCAAUCCCAUAAGGACAGCAAAGUGGGCUUGGUGAUGGGAGCAGGUAUUGCACUUACGAGGAGCCAAACUGGGACGUUUUUUGUCUCAAAAGAUUGCUAAACUGUUGUCAGGUUGUGACACAGAAACUGCUAACCCACAGUCCGCGCCCUGCAGGAGUUCAGAUGUGCAGAAUCCGACCUCAGUUGCCGCCCUCCCAGCUCUGGUUUGGGACAGCUCUGCGGAGCAUCUGUGGCACGGGAGCAGGCCGGCCAGGGGUCCUGCACAGUGAGGCCACAGCCAAGGGAACUGGGAGGCCCUGAACUGUAUUCCCAGAUUUGUAGGUGCUGGA